GAAGCCAAUGAAUGAAAAGCAGACACCUUGACCUCCUUUUGUCCUUUUCCUCUCCCUUCGUUUGCCAAUUUUGCUUUUGCUUUUGCUUUUGCUUUUAUAUCUCAAAAUCAAAAGCCGCAAACUUUUCUCUUCACCUCUCUCUCUCUAUCUGCUCGGAGAUUAGCAGAUGGAUCUCUGACCCUCAAAUCUUUCCCUCUUUCUCUCUCUCCGGUGGCAUGAGAAGAAAGAACUUGAAGAUAAAAAGAUAAUAUUUUUGUGUGUGUGUUGGAUAUCUGUAAUGGGGGCAGAGAGUAGUACAUCAAUGAACUCGGAUGGGAACAACAAGAACAUUGAGACCCAGGUGGUGCUAAACGUGUAUGAUCUCACCCCUAUCAACAAUUACAUGGUUUGGUUUGGUUUUGGGAUCUUUCAUUCCGGUAUUGAAGGUUGUUCAUGGUAAGGAGUAUGGAUUUGGAGCUCAUGACUUCCCAGCGAGUGGAGUUUUUGAAGUGGAACCAAGGAGUUGCCCAGGUUUUAUUUACCGAAGUUCCAUUGUAUUAGGCCACAUAACUAUGCCUCCAACUGAAUUCCGAACAUUUAUUGAGAACGCAGCUUCUGAGUAUCAUGGGGAUACCUAUCACCUCAUUUCCAAGAAUUGCAACCAUUUUACAGAUGAUAUUUCAUGGAGAUUGACAGGAAAACACAUCCCAGGGUGGGUGAAUCGGCUUGCCCGGCUAGGUGCUUUGUGUAGUUGUCUGCUUCCAGAAAGCCUUCAAGUAACUACUGUCAAACAGAUGCCUGAAUACCAUGAUUGUUCAGAAGAAGAAUGUACAGAAUCUGUAUCAACCACCACUGCCCGUGAGUCAACAGAAAUUGAUGAUGAUCAAGAGAAGAGCCUGCUGUCUCCGUUAGCUGUAAGUGGUGAUGUGACCUUUGUUAAAGAGGCACACAGUUGAAAUUAGGCUACCUUACUGAAGAAGGGGGAAAAGAAUCGGACUCUUCUGAAGUGAUUGUUCUCAUUGCCUGCUUGUUAAACUAUUCAUUUGAUUUGCUGUAAUUUUUUUUUUUCAAUUUUUCCCUCAUAUUUUCUACCACUUGUACUCGAUGUUUCCUUCAUCUGUUUUGAACUGAAAAAAAAAAAGAAAAAGAAAAGAACGAGAACUAGAUUGUUGUAGUUGAUCAUUUGUGUAAGAGGGUUCUAUAUGGGGCUUUUUUCCAAGGGGAAAUGAAUUUUCUUUAAUGGAUCAUGAGAUUCCAACUAAAAGAAAGGUGACUUUGUCUA